GCAGGCGGCAGCGGCAGUAACCAGCCAAAAGUCGAGGGGGCUGCCGCCCUCAAUCUCCCGUAGUAUCGACGCUCGCUCCUAAGCCGCGGCCCAACACCUUUACGCUGUAGCCUCGAAAAAUGAGGAAGCCGUUUCUACAUUUUUCGUUGGUAUUCUUUUAAAACAUCGCUGCUGAUGUAGCCGGAGGCAGAUACUCAAAUCGUAAACUACGGUAGUUGGCUUACAGCUUGGAGUUUUUGACAUGGCGCCAGCUGGCACUUUCGUGGGGGACUUGCACACAGAUGCAGGGAUACGGCCAGCUGCUUCCUCUGGUCAUGCCACCGCGCAACACAUCAAAACAAACUUGAACUCUUCCGCAUGGUCGCCAUUAAAGCACACUUCGUGUAUAAUAAUAUUUUCUGUGGCCAUUGCAGUGUGAUUUCUGAUUGAGGAUAUGUCAGUGGACGAUAUUUAACUCUGAUGGCUAUCAGGAUUUCUGAUGCUGUUGCACUCUCUUUGUGUUAUUAUGUUGUGACGGUUAUUGUGAUACAUUUUUGUUGCUAGUGAUCGUGAAUAGUUAAAUAUUUCUGUUUGAAGAUAAUGAAAGUAUGUUGUGUUGUGAUUGCAAUCCUUACUAUUGGCGGCUCUCAUAUGUGAAACUGAUGAGUGUUCUACAGUGUGUGUGUUUCAUCUAAGGCAAUUUUUGAUAGGUGUGUGUGCAAUCUUAUUGACUCCAACUGUUUCAAAACAACACUUCAUCUUUGCCCAUCUUGAAAAUUUUCUUGAGGCACAGCUGUCACAUUCAUUGACCUUGUUUGUUGAAAAAUUUGUUAUUUUUUUAAAACUGAACACAAUCUGCCAGCUCAGAGAAUAGUGUAUUUAUCACACUAUUUCUGCGCCUUCUCAGUUAUAAAAUGAGAGAGCAAUAAGCUUUACACCAGUUUUUAUACACAUUAGUGGGAGUUGACAUUUUUCUGUAAUUUAUUUUCUUACUUCGUUACCAGAAAAAUAUUGCUGCAAAUGUUGCAGUUAAAUGUCUGGUGAAAGAAAUUGGAGAAAAUGUCCAUUUGAUCAUGAUGUAGUCAUGCAAAAUGCAUUGAAACAGUCAAAAGUGUAGUGUAAUGGAUCUCAUUCAAUAUGCAGAGUACACCCAAAGUACUGCAAGAGUGGUCAGUUCAUGCUGAAGUCACAUUUUCUCAUGGAGCACAAACUCCAACUGCUCAGCUCUCUGGAAGCAAUGUGUCUAUGGACUGUUCAUGGCAAAAACCGACCACUACAAGCAGUGCAUCUACAACCUUGCGUCCUUGCUAUGGAUUUCAGCGUGGAAACAUUUUAUUCACAACUACACCACCACGGUCAUCACAACAUGAUGGUAGCAGACAGUCUAGUGGUGCAUCCCAGUCAGCAAAAGCAUCUCAGCAUCCAUAUGACAGACGCUGUAAAAGCACUUGUAGCAUCGUAUUGGCAAAUCCAGGGGAAAAAUUGCAAUCUUUUCAUUACCAUUGUGGUGAUCGUGCUUGUUACCAUGCGAGACCACCCUACACGUCAGGGUUCUCCACAAUACCAGAAAAUUGUGAAAUAUGCAACAGUAAUCAGGUGCCAGAUUGUCAUAACAGGAAAAGUAGUACAUUUACUACACAUUUUUGCACAAGAGUACCAGAACGGUCUGCUAAUAAGGAACGUCAAGAUGCUGCUUCACAGACUGACACUGGACACAAUGUCAUACCUGAAAAUCUUCAAGUUCCAGACGUGCCACUACACAAGAAAAAGCUGUCAAAGAGGUUGUCAAGGUCACCUGCAAGACUAAGUGGAAAAUCUCCUUUGCUGCAAAGAAGGUACUCUGAAGUUUCUCAAGGAACAAGCAGCCGUUCUUCCACGCCAGAUGUUGACUGUAAUCAGCAGUGCCAAGGGAAACCUCGUACUGUGCACAUUGAUGUGUACUGUACUGGAUCAGAAGACGCUGAUGCCAGUGCAUCAUCAGAAGCUGACACAACAGAUGAAUCGUCACCACAGACAGUUUUUGAGUCAGAACAACUUCGAGUGAUGCACACAAAAAUGGGUAAAUUCUCUUUACCAAAAGGUUUGAAGCAGGUACCCAGAAGAAGUGAAAGUCUAAAAGAAAAGUCCAACGUCAACUAUUGUUUGGAACCAAAGGGUUAUGAGAGUGAUGAUGUUCUCAGUAGUCAGUACCCAUCCAGGCUUAGCUCAUACACUUCUCUAAAAGAGAGUGCAUCUGGUCUGGUAAGUGAGCAAUCUAGUACAGUAAGAGACCCAUCAUGGUCAACAAUAUCGAGUUGUGCUAUUUCGUGUGAUGACAAGGACUCAGUUAUGUCAACUUCCUGGAAGGACGUUUCUACUGAACUUGAUUCUGCAGCUGUGAGCAGCUCAAGUUUUGUAAACAAAUUUGACCCCUAUUUGACACAGAGUGAUAGUUUUGAAUAUGCUGAUAUGACAGAUCGAAUUCGCAUAAAGGAGAAGGCCAUGGCAUGGGCAGAUGAAGGCAGUGCUCAGCAACCACCUGAUAUUGAAAAGAAACAUCUGCAUCAGCAACAAAAAUUUAAGGAGUUCUUAUACAGACAUUUAGGAAAAGGGACAUUUCCCUUGUGGAAAUCACAGCAUUCGGAUGAUUCAGAAGAAGAUGAAGACAAUGAUGAUGAUGACGAUGAUGAUGACACUGGUGAUGCAUGGAGCUUUAUUGGAAGAGGCUGUUCUGGAACAUCUCUCCGAAGAGAAAAUACAGUUAAAAAAGUAGCAAAAUCUACAACACCUAGUGAAGGUGCAGAUAUUAAAUCACUUACUUUGCCAUUGAGGAUUAAUCACCUGAUUUGUGAUGCUGGGAGUUUAAGUGAUUCUGGCCCUCCAUCUGUAAACAGGUUUGCCCGUCGUAUUGCAAUAGGUCCAUUUGGGUCCAAGCCUCCUUCACCUCCUCCAUUAAAAGUUGAGUCUAGUGUUGUGUCACCUUUCACUUCUGUUCAAGGUACAGGUACUGAUCAGUUGUCAAAAGCUCAGAAAUUUGGUACUAUUGUUGGUACACUAAAGAAACCAGGCAAUCAUAUAGGGCCUUCAAAAAACCCUUACUGUUCUUGUGCUCAUUGCCGUAGCUUUUAUGAAGCCACUUUACACUGUGGGAGGGCAAGGUCUGUGGGUGAUAUAAACUUUCAUCCAGAGACAGGACAGCCCAAUGAGUGUAAUGCUCAAAAUAUGCAUGAUACAAAGUUUGCAACUGACAGUAAAAAGUACUCAGAGACUGAAAGUGUCAAGUCGAAUACUAUCGCUGACUGUAGUGAAUCAGACGGUACACCUGUUUGAUGUAGUAAGUGAAGCAAUUAUGUUGUUAUAAUUUUUAUUGUGUUUAUGAAAUGGAUACAUAGUUUUGUUAAACUGUGGCAGUUUGAGUGAAAACAUUAUGUGCAUUAUCAGCUGCUUGUUAUUCUUAUGAUAUUGAAGGGUAGUUGAAAUUUGAGAAAAUGACAAAAUUUGUUAGAAUAACUGUAUAUUUGUUUCACAUUAUGUGGUAUUUUGCAUUUAUGUUGUACACAGAUUUAGGCUAUAUUGAGUCUCGUUGUAUGUAAAGCAGCUCACACCUACAGAGCCAAGAAAGCUCCACGUAAUUAUGUAUAAUAAUAAGAAACUGGAAUGUUACUUCAUGUAUGAGGCCUGGAAAUAUGAUAAAUGGAAAAAAUGGCAAAUUUUUGGUUUCAAAAUUUGUGCUGUGAAAAUAUAUUUUAACAUCUAGUUCUGUUGAAUCGUGUAUCAGUGAACUGCGAACUAGAAAAUUUGUAGAUAAAGAAUGGGAAGUAUUGGUAAACUGAAAGCCACAAAUAUGUCUAUGUGGGGAAGGUACUAUUGCCCUGUUUUUGCACUGUUUGAUCAAAGUUUGAUAUGUUCUCUAUUAAAUCUAUCAGGUACAUGUAUCAUUGAUGUAGUGCAGAAAUAAUUGAAUAUACCUUGUUGCUGCUAAAA